AUGGCCACCGAUUCAAACAGAGUAGUGCAGGUAUCCAUUCCGCUGCCGCGGUCUUUGGAUACCCGCAUUUUCAUUCGCAUCACAACCCAGGCCAAGGCGAUUCUAAUAUCCCUAACGACGGUGGCUCAGGAAGACGCUGCUGCUCCCAGGCCAAUGGGCUCAUUUGUCUAUGCGCUUCCCGAUAGAUUUAAUCACCAGCAAUCAAUCGCUACUACUCUCUUCUCCGCAGAGUCAUCUCUGGAGUUUACAACACGAGUGGCAAAGCUGGUGGCCCGGAAGACUGAGCUGCCUGUUUAUGUGACGAAUUCUAUCAGUCUGGAGAGUAUGGGGAUGGGUGGCACAGUCGAGGAGGAGAUGGAGGCUUUCAAGAGCGUGGCCGAGGCAAUCUUGAGCAUCCUCCCCAAGGCAGCACUACCAAGCUAG